CCCCUACAUUGCUUAGCCCCUCGCGUGGGAUCGACCCCUGAUCAAAAAGGUCGAUCUUCCCCCGUUUAAGGUGGUUGUUCCUACCAAACACCAGUUUUCCAUCUCGGCGCAACCAUCAUGGUCUCGAAAGUGUUCGGUCGACUUUUGACCACCGGCCUUGUGUUGGCAAACUCUGUUGCCGCCAGCACCGAGCCGGCCAAUGACGAUAGUUUGGUCGCCUCUCAGAUUGUGACAAACCCCUACGAAUAUGAUUUCCCUACCUUGGGCGUCAAUGGAGCCUCACUCUUCCCCAUGCGUUUGUGCAAUGGCUUCAAGCUAGAGGAAGCCAGCAUCGACGCCAUCCAGGAGCAACUUGGGGCUGGAAAUCUGACCAGCGUUGACCUCGUGCAAUGCUAUCUGGAGCGCAUUUACCAGACCCAGCCUUAUUUGAAUGCGAUCUUGCAAGUCAACCCGGAUGCUUUUAAGAUAGCGAAAGCCCUUGAUGAGGAACGCGCGCAGGGAAAGACCCGCGGCCCGCUCCACGGCAUCCCGUUCAUUGUCAAGGAUAACAUCGCUAGCAAGGAUCGUUUGGAAACCACUGCGGGCAGCUGGGCGCUUCUGGGAUCCGUCGUGCCUCGUGACUCCCAUGUUGUUCUCGGCCUUCGUAAAGCCGGUGCUCUCCUCCUAGGUAAGGCUGCCCUGAGCGAGUGGGCUGACAUGCGUUCCAACAACUACUCCGAGGGAUUUUCGGCCCGUGGAGGCCAAUGCCGCAGCGCAUACAACCUCACUGUCAACCCUGGUGGCAGCAGCUCCGGGUCCGGUGUCGGCGUUGGUGCCAAUCUGAUUCCCUUCGCCCUGGGAACGGAAACCGAUGGCAGUGUCAUCAACCCCGCUCAGAGAAACUCGGUCGUCGGCAUCAAGCCUACUGUCGGUUUGACCUCCCGUGCUGGCGUCAUUCCCGAAUCUCUGCACCAGGAUACUGUUGGUACUUUUGGCAAGACAGUGCGCGACGCAGUCUAUGCCCUUGACGCCAUCUAUGGCAUCGAUACUCGCGAUAACUACACACUCGCCCAAAAGGGAAAGACCCCUGAGGGCGGUUACGCGCAGUUCCUCACCAACAGGACCGCCCUCAAGGGCGCCACAUUCGGUAUCCCCUGGAAGUCCUUCUGGGCCCUUGGUGACGAGGAUCAAAUCUCUCAGCUCCUUGAGCUGGUCGACCUGAUUAAGCAGGCUGGUGCCACCGUGAUCAACGGCACUGAACUGCCCCACUACAAGACCAUCGUCUCCCCCGACGGCUUCAACUGGGACUAUGGCUCGACUCGCGGAUAUGCCAACGAAUCCGAAUACAGCUACAUCAAGGUCGACUUCUACAACAACCUCAAGGACUAUCUGUCCGAGGUCGAGAACACCAUGGUCAGGUCUGUCGAAGACCUCGUCCAGUACUAUCUCGACAACUACGGCUCCGAAGGUGGGUACGCAAGCAUCCACCCCGCGUUCGGUUCCGGCCAGGACGGUCUGAUCGCAUCCCUCGAAAGCAAGGGUAUCAUGGAUGAGACCUACUACCAGGCUCUCGGAUUCUGCCAGCGCACCACCCGCGAGGAAGGAAUCGAUGCCGCCCUGAAGUACAAGAACGGAACCCUAGACGGCCUCCUCGUGCCUCCGGAUGUUGCGCAAAGCAUCCAGAUCGCCGCCCAGGCUGGGUACCCCGUGAUUACCGUUCCGGCUGGCGUCGGCAAGGAGUCCGGCAUGCCUUUCGGACUGGCUAUCAUGAACACGGCUUUCUCGGAGCCUACCUUGAUCAAGUACGCUAGUGCCAUUGAGGAUCUGCAGAAGUCAACUGGAACCAAGUACCAGCGCUCUCUUCCUGAGUGGCGUGGCUAUUUGACUCGCAACCUUCCCGUUAUUAUGUAAAUAGACUAAGAGUUUGAGUGCCGGAUGGGAACACCAUUAUAUCUACAUUACUAGAAGAUACACAUCCUAUAAUACCUAGUUAGAUUUCUCAUAGAUUAUGUAUGUCUUAAUACAUCUUA